CUGGUGGAGAUGGAAAAUCCUGAGGAUAAAAAGGCAAGUUGAAGAGUACAGAUAGAUAUAUAGAAAUACAAGAGAAGACAACACAAAACUCACACACAGCACUUUCCCUUCUCUCUCUUUCUAGGGUUCCAAGUUUGAAGUCGAAAGUGUUGAACUUUCUCUUGCUUUUCACAAAUUUGGUUGCACUUGCAACUGAGCGAAGAAAGAGGGAUCACCAGGGGCACGAGAGGAGGAAGAGGAAAGAGAAGAAAAAACAAGAAAAGUGGAGAAAGGGAUAGGUGUUGUACUAAAAUAGAAAAAUUGAGUGAAAAAAAGGAAAAAAUUUACAAGUAGAAGGAGUGAGGUUGGAGAAUAAUAAGGAUAUGGGGAGGGGAAGAGUGGAGUUGAAGAGGAUAGAGAACAAGAUAAACAGGCAAGUAACCUUUGCAAAGAGGAGAAAUGGUCUUCUCAAGAAAGCCUAUGAGCUAUCUGUUCUCUGUGAUGCUGAGGUUGCCCUCAUCAUCUUCUCCAACCGUGGCAAGCUUUAUGAGUUCUGCAGCAGCACUAGCAUGCUCAAAACACUUGAAAGGUACCAGAAAUGCAGUUAUGGAGCAGUGGAAGUUAGCAAACCUGCUAAAGAGCUUGAGCAGAGCAGCUACCGUGAAUACUUGAAGCUGAAAGCAAGAUUUGAAUCACUUCAAAGGACCCAAAGAAACCUUCUAGGGGAAGACUUGGGUCCACUGAAUACCAAAGAACUUGAGCAGCUUGAACGGCAAUUGGAUUCUUCUCUAAAGCAAGUGAGGUCCACCAAGACACAAUUCAUGCUGGAUCAGUUGGCUGAUCUUCAAAACAAGGAGCAGAUGUUGGUAGAAGCAAACAGAUCCUUGACAAUGAAGCUGGAAGAAAUAAACUCAAGAAAUCACUACAGGCAAUCAUGGGAAGCUGGUGAUCAAAGUAUGCAAUAUGGUGGGCCACAGAAUUCUCAGUCUCAGGGCUUCUUCCAGCCACUGGAAUGCAAUCCCACUUUGCAGAUUGGUCCUGAUUACAGGUACAAUGUUGUCGCUUCAGAUCAGAUAACUGCAACAACUCCAGCCCAACAAGUGAGUGGCUUUAUUCCAGGGUGGAUGCUUUGAGCUAAUUAGGGUCAGUAUUCAGUUGGAGACAUAAAAGCAAAACACCCCACCAAAGGACAAAGCCAAAUGCUUCUAUUAUUCUUAUUUUGGUAUAAGAAACAUCUGUGACUUUUGUUCAAACGUUUGAACCAUUAGCCAUAGACAUGUGGCAUGUAAGAAAUUUAUAACAUUUCAGCAACUUUUGAAGGAUCCUUUUCUUAUUAUUAGAAAUCUGAACUUCCCCUUAUUAUUUUCUUCUA